GAUCACAUGGCAUAUGUUAGUGUUUCUCGGCAAGAACUUUCUCAGUUUAGCAGGAAUCCUCACAUCCGAAAAAUCAUUAUUGGGGGACCAAAAAGCAUGAAUUUUAAGGUGAUACUCUUAUUUGGUUUUAAAAAAGCUGGUAAAACGUCAGUGAUUAGCAGCGUUUUAAAUUAUUUAUACGAUGUUAAAAAGUACCAUAAUUUUAGGUUUGUUUUGGAAGAAGACAUUCAAUCUACCAGUGACCUUGUUGAGUACGUGGUCAACAACUCGGUGUUGCAGUACUCAGUAACUUUCGUUGACACACCUGGCGUGCUUGAUAAACAGGGCUAUAGCGAUACAUCUAGUAUAAUAAAGGAGUGGUAUGAAGAGUUACUUAAAGAAGGAAAGUUUUGUUUGGAUGCGAUAACAAUUGUUUUGAAAAGUGACGAACAGGAACUGACUUGGCCGUACAUCCACGAAUUAGCGGCAGUGAAAAAAAUGUUUGGUGACGAUUUAAGAGUUAAUGUACUGCCGGUAAUAACAUAUUCUGAGAUAUUACCUCAACCAACAGCUGUCAAAGCUAUGGCUUACGCUAAUAUAACUUUUCUGGAAUAUUAUAAAGUAAACAGCGCAGGAUUUGCCCAGUAUGACGGGAAAAUUAGCAAAAGUUUAUACAGUGACUAUUUUGAAGACGGUUUAUUGUCAUUCAAGCGAUAUUUUUCUGUAAGGGCUUACGACUUGGAGCAGCCUCUACUAUCGGUGAAGACGAAGCCAUGUUUGGUACCAGCCGGUACCUAG